CAGAUCCAGCAGAUAGCUGAUAUGAGGACUUUGCUGACUUCAGAAAGCUGAGUGUAACACGAACAGACUUCAGUGAAAGGAAAUAUUAUCCCUCCAAGCAACUCAUACACAGAUGACUUUUGGUAGCUUUAAAUUAACCUGUUGCUCACCUGCAAAGACACGGCUAUUGUUUCUUUCAGCACACAUGGAGGAAGGCAACAAACUUUGUAACCCUGGCUAAUAAGACUGUGGCUUACUUAUCAAAAGUAGGAGGUAGGCCAAUUAUAAAAGGAUUAUUUUAUACUUAGCCUCCAGGACUUCAACUCUGGCCUGAACACCGGACAUAAAUAGAAGCCAAUUUUAAUGACCUGAGAUUUUGCUACCUGUGCUUUAUUAUUGUUAUUAGUUCUUUAACACUUUGGUACUUUAUUUCCUUAAACUAGAAAUGGGUUCGUGGACUAGAAUGUGGCCCACAGAUUGGGCUGUUCUCAUGAAAUCAUGGCUUAUCUUUUCCCUGGGGCUCUACAUGCAGGUCUCCAAAAGUUUGGCCUGCCCAAAAGUGUGCCGCUGUGACCGAAACUUUGUCUACUGUAAUGAGCGAAGCUUGACCUCAGUGCCUCUUGGGAUACCGGAGGGUGUAACCGUCCUCUACCUCCAUAAUAACCAAAUUAAUAAUGCUGGAUUUCCUGCAGAGUUGCACAAUGUCCAGUCUGUGCACACAGUCUACCUGUAUGGCAACCAAUUAGAUGAAUUCCCCAUGAACCUGCCCAAGAAUGUCAGGGUUCUCCACCUGCAGGAAAACAACAUUCAGACCAUUUCUCGGGCUGCCCUUGCUCAGCUUUUGAAGCUGGAAGAGCUGCACCUGGAUGACAAUUCCAUCUCCACUGUUGGCGUUGAGGAUGGGGCAUUCCGGGAAGCCAUCAGCCUCAAGCUUCUGUUCUUGUCCAAGAAUCACUUAAGCAGUGUACCAGUAGGCCUUCCAGUGGACUUACAAGAACUUCGAGUAGACGAAAACAGAAUUGCUGUCAUUUCAGACCUGGCCUUCCAGAAUCUUACAAGUCUGGAGCGUCUGAUUGUGGAUGGCAAUCUCCUUACUAAUAAAGGCAUAGCUGAAGGCACCUUCAGCCACCUCUCCAAGCUCAAGGAAUUCUCAAUAGUGCGGAAUUCACUGACCUACCCUCCUCCCGAUCUUCCAGGAACACACCUGCUAAGGCUCUACUUGCAGGACAACCAGAUAACCCAUAUACCACUUACAGCCUUUUCAAACCUCUACAAGCUGGAACGUCUUGAUAUUUCCAACAAUCAACUUCGGAUGUUGGUAAAGGGGGUAUUUGAUAAUCUUCACAACCUGAGGCAACUCACUGUAAGGAAUAAUCCCUGGUUGUGUGACUGCAGUAUUAAGUGGGUCACUGAAUGGCUCAAAUUUAUUCCCGCUUCCAUCAAUGUACGGGGUUUUAUGUGCCAGGGACCAGAGCAGGUCCGAGGUAUGGCAGUCAGGGAGCUCAAUAUGAAUAUGUUGUCAUGCCCCACCAGCACCCCUGGUCUGCCACUUAUCAUCACCCCACUCCCAGCUACAGCCAUGCCAACUACAUUAGUUUCCACCUCAUCAGUUCCUCCCCCAAGUAGCAAAUACAAUCCUCUCACUCCCACCAUAGCCACACUCCCCACUGUGCCUGACAGGGAGGACAGAGAAAGGGUGACACCUCCUAUAUCUGAACGGAUUCAACUCUCCAUCCAUUUUGUGAAUGACACUUGCAUCCAAGUUAACUGGAUGUCUCUUUUUACCGUGAUGGCAUAUAAACUCACAUGGGUUAAAAUGGGCCAUAGUCUGGUAGGAGGAAUUGUCCAGGAACGAAUAGUUAGUGGUGAGAAGCAACACUUAAGCUUGGUAAAUCUGGAGCCCAAGUCCACCUAUCGGAUUUGUUUGGUUCCACUGGAUACUUAUAACAAUUACCGAACUGGAGAAGAUACUGUCUGUUCAGAAGCCACAACCAAGGCUUCCUUUUUGAGCAAUGGCAGCAACAUCCCCUCUAGCCAUGAGCAGACAACUUCUCAGAACCUGGGCUCCCCAUUUCUGCUGGCAGGGUUGAUUGGGGGUGCAGUGAUAUUUGUCCUUGUGGUCCUGCUCAGCAUUUUUUGCUGGCACAUGCACAAGAAAGGGCGUUACACCUCCCAGAAGUGGAAAUAUAACCGGGGCCGUCGGAAAGAUGACUACUGCGAGGCAGGGACCAAGAAGGACAACUCCAUCCUGGAGAUGACGGAAACCAGCUUCCAGAUUGUCUCCUUAAAUAAUGAUCAACUCCUUAAAGGAGAUUUCAGACUGCAGCCCAUUUAUACCCCAAACGGGGGCAUUAACUACACAGACUGCCACAUCCCCAACAACAUGCGAUACUGCAACAGCAAUGUCUCAGACCUGGAGCACUGUCAUACGUGAUAGUGAGGGGAGAUGGGGUGUCUAGGACAAAGAAAAAAAAAACUCUGGAAAAAGUGAACCCCCCAACAACAAUGAAAAAAUUACAUUUGAUAAAUGUUACCCAGAUGCAUUUAUGCAUUUGAAUACUCUGUAAUUUAUACGGUGUACUAUAUAAUGGGAUUUAAAAAAAGCGCUAUCUUUUCUAUUUCAAGUUAAUUGCAAAUGGUUUUGUAACUCUUUGCUUUUUAAAUCUUUAAAAAAUAUUACUAAGUACUGUACAGGGUUGUACAAUAAGAACCUAAUGUCAUGGCAAAGGAAAGAAUGACUCAUUCUUCAAACAUUAACCACUUUGCUGUCGAAGCUGUCUGAGGGAUGUUAAGUUUCUAGGUGUCCUGUAGUACAGGAAAAUAAGUGCAUAUUAAAACAGGGUCACUAAGAAUGGACAAAAGCAAUUCAGAUAAAAUGGAUACAAACCUUCUGACGUGAACCCAGCAGUUGCAGUUGAGCUUCAAACAGUUGGAAAUACUUCUGUUUCCCUUUGCAGUUUUGCAUUUCCUACCUCCAACUGAAAGCUGGAGUUCUGAGUGCUACCAAAAAGGCUACUUUCUUGUUUGAUUAGUUUUCUGCCAAUAUACUUGGAAUAGGAAAGGUAGACAGAGCUCAGUGUCAAACUCAAAGUGACCUUGAUUCCUAUUUGCAAAAGCUACUCUGAAAAUGUCCCCCAAUACUAUAUACUUUUAUGACAGAAACUGUUCCUGCUUUUCAUUAUGAUUAAGAAGCUUUAGGCAUUCUCUGACCCUUCUCAGUGGGAGACGAAGGUUAUCAGUAUGUAACAGAUAGCUGUCAUUAAGUUGCACCUCUCUUUAAUAGAGCAGCAUUUGUUGACACAGCAUGUUCAGGUAAAGCCUGAAUGAGGGAAAUUCUGAGGGCUCCCAGUUCUGCAGUAUUCAUGUAGAAUUUGGAAUCUAAACCUGUAAAUUGCUGAAAACAUGAUGCAGAAUAUAAUGCCAAUGGAGGGAUUGCUAUUGACUUUUAUGGUUCAAGCCCUGUUUGAUUUAAGGGUCUGAUUUAUGUUCACUAUGGGGAAAUAGGAAAAAAAAAAAAGACAAACAAACAAACAGAAAAAAGAAAUAGGAUAUUUUAAACAUUUAUUUAUUACUGGAAAGGCCUCCAGGCCUAUCAUGAACUGAAAUAUAUUCAGCAGGGAAAAUCGUGUAUAAAUCCUGGUUGGUUUUUUGGGUUUUUUUGUGGUUUUGUUUUUUUUUUUUUUUCAUUCAAGUGUACAGAGAUGGACAUUAACUAAGCAUUUGAUUAGCUGAGGAAUUUUGAGAACACAAGUACACACUGUCCCUCUGAAUUACCCUUCUUUUAUCUUAAGCUUUUGGAAGUUUUCCACAAUGAUCUGUGCUUUGUAAGCAGUAGGUGGGCUUAGAAUUUGCUUUUUUAUUCCCUCAGAUUCUUUAGCUGGAAUACUUUCUGAGUCCUUGAGCUUUACGUGCACUAUGUGAAACAUCAUGCUUGUAUUAAAACCAUGAUGCUGCUCUCAAAAUUAUAUAAUGUUCCAGCCACUCCAUUGACUGCCAAGAACUUUGGAUUUCUUGCCAGCUCAGUGGUGGAAUGUAAUUCUUCUUUUUCUUUUUUUUUUCAGUUUGUUUGCUUUUUAAUGCGGCUCACUUUCUCCUGAGCUUGGGGACAAGCAAAAGUUCACAACAAAGAGAAACAAAGGAGAGAGACAAAAUUUUCCUGAGGGAGUAGGGAACUAAAGAACUUUUACAGUGACCAACUAGGGACAAGGAGAAGUUGUUAGAAGUGGAUUGGAAGUAAAGCCUGAAGCACUUUCACUGUGGAAUGCUUAGACUUUUCACUUUAUGAGGCUGCUUAUGUUGGGAGAGAGGGUUUUAAUCCUUUCCUUUGCCCAUUUCACUCAACCCAUUCUUGAAACCCAGCAGUCUAUGAGUGUGCAGUUUCUCAAAUUCAAAUCGCGUGAUGACACUCAUUUUCUGCAAUGGCAAAAUGAAUCCAGUUAUGAUUGAUUGCAAAGUACAAUCAUUGUAUAAGGAACCGCAUCCUCCCCCCAACACCUUUUAUAAUCACAUUUUGAAAUUCCACUCUAUAUUCUGUAUAUUUGCUAUUUUCUCCAGCUAUAACAGGUAUUUUAGGCAACCUGUGUGGCUACUGUAAUAGUAAAGUCACUGAAAUUUUGCUGAAUAAAAGGCUGCCAUAUGAUUUCAAAUGGUGUAAUUCUAGGUAGAAAUGUCUAUGCAAAGUUUUUUUUUCUGUGACCUAUUUACUGAAUAUUAUGAUGAGAAGGUUGAUACUUACGUUUUGUUUGUUUAAUAUGUUUUAGCUGCCAAAGCCCACAAGACAAGCAGCAAAUAGUUGUGCUUCUGCACGCUUUCAUUGCAUGCUGGAGUUUGUUUGAAAUUAAGUAGAGCCAGAGAUUCCCAUUGGGUGUGGAUGUAGUAUUUAAUUUCACUGAAAUAACUAGCUGUACGUUUUAUUUCAAAAGGCAUCCUUUGAAACGACACACUUACUAGAAUUUUGUACUUCCGUGACUGAUGCUGGAGGAAUCUUUGUCCUCCUUGAUGAACAUCUUCUGUUCUAGGCCUCAGGAUACCAUAGUUUCAAGAUGAGCUAGGCGCCUUAUUUGUAGCAAAUGACUUAUUCAGGGAGUUCAGCUGUACUGUAGGUGAAUGAUCCACAAGCCCACACUGAUGAUAACAAAUGUGGUUACUGUCCUAAUAAGGUGAAAACAGAAGGCAUUCACAAACUGUUCAUUUUGAUCUUGGGUGAUGAAAUGUAUAUAUAUCUAUCUGUGGACUAUUACUCACUUACCUAGAUCAAAAAUCAAACUGAUAUUAAAGAUAGCAUAGUUUAUGCCUCUUUUCAGUAUGAAGAAUAACAUAUAUAUUGGUAUGAGAUACUGAGAAAGUUUCUUUUCUAUAAAUACACUUCUGGAAAAAAGUAACAAGCCACUUAUACCAAAAUUUGUGGGUAGAACUGGGAGUAUUAUCUAAACAAAUUCACAGUUGUAGUCAACCAAAAUGUCAUAUUUUUCAUUUGAAGAAUGUUUUUCCCAGUUCUUAUUGCUAUCCAGCUGCAAAAGCGUUAAAGUAUUUCAACCUACAAGAGAGUUUGGGACAUUUAAAAGUGUCAGUCACACAAAUGCUGAGGCUUCCUUUCAGGACACAUCUAGAUAAGUACAUAACGGGCAAUUUUCACAAGGUAAAAUAUUUGGAAAAAGAGUUAAAAAAGGGCAAUGAUCUAGCUAUGUAAAGUUUAAUAUCAGUAGCUUUUCCCUUGAACUUUGUAAAAAUGGGGUCAUCUUCCCUUAGUGCAAAUGUCUGACCACAGAUACUAACUAAAGGCUAUAGAGCAGAAGUCCCAAAUGGGUGCAUAUACAACUCAUCCAAAAUGUUCACUUCCAGGUCCUGAUUUGAACAGGUUCAUUGCACCUGAGGGAAAAUGAGUGGUUUACAGACAAAAUCUCACCCGUCUUCCAUUGCAUACUGCUAAUAGCUGACAUAAAUGUACAGAAAAGAUUGGUGAGUGGAAUAAAAUAAGAGUUUAAGUGAAAUUAUGUUAAAGCAGUAUCACAACGCUGCUGUGUUCAGUGCUUAGGUUCCUCUGAAGACUUAUUUAUUUACAAACAGGUCCUCAUUUUCACAGAUUCUGUCACUAUAACAACUGUUCCUUGCAUGUAGCUUGCUGGCAGAAACAAACACCUGAUGAAUGCAUGGACUCUUUCAAUAACAGGUUCUUAUUGGAGAUGUUAUUAUUGAAUUUCUUCAUAAGAAUAUUUAGGAAUUGGAUUACUUUGGACUGAAAAGAUAUUAGCAGUUUUCCCUGUAAGCCAAUAAAGGACUGCAAUGAAUGUCACGUAAAACAGAGAAAUGAAAUAGCAUAUGCUAUUUGCUACUAGAGUAGUUCAACUAUAUUUUUCUCUCAAUCGUUUUCUCUUUUCAUGAGAGAAUAUUUCUCCCUCUGAGAAAUGUAUUGAUUUUAAUUUUGCAAGCAAAAGAACUUUAUGUAUAUUGUAUUGUUCUUAUGGUUUUAAAGGUCUACAUAAGGCACUUUAUUAAUGACAUUGAAGUGAAAGUUCAGUCUCAGCUUUUGACAGUGAAGUGGUUAAUUCCCAUUGAAUUAUCCAUUUAUAGUACUUCUUCACCUUAAAUUAUAACAUGGAGAUAUUAAAGUUUUUUUCUUUAGAACAUGAGAAUAAUGGUUUUACUCAUGACUUAUCUUUCCAGCUCAGUGGAAAAACAAAACAGAAAUGAGUGCCAAAAUCAAAAGUUAUGGGCUCUGAGCCUCAUCAAAUCCUGCCUGAUGCUCUCUUCUAAACACAGAGAUAAUCCUAGGAAGCUGAUGAUCACUCCUUCCCUGAACUCUACUGAACAGGGCAUUUUGUAUCCCAGAUGAUAAUACAGGCAAUAUUGAAGCAUUUGGCAUUAAACUUUUGUACAACAUAGAAUGUCUUGCUCUUUAAAAGGACACUGGCUAGUAGUCCAUCUGGAAAACUAGUACAAAAGAGAUUUGGCAAGCUUUUGUUAUACUGGGGCUCUGUGGAAAUGUGCCUCAUGAGAGCUGAAUUCUGAUCCUUUCAGAAACAGAUAAGCUACUAAACAAAUUGUUACCAUUAUUUGGUCCCAAAUAUCUGAAGAUGAUCUUUCAUAAAAUUGAUUUUAACUGAGACAUGCACACUUGAUUCUGUUCUGUGUUUGGUAUACUUUCUAUCUUUAACAUGAAAGAAUAGAUGGUUUGAAGUCUGCAUUAUCUGUUUUCUGCAAUCUGCCAUGUUGCACGCAUUGUUAACUUCAAAACCUCACUAUACACUAUAUAUUAUCUUGUUGACAUAUUCAGUAAAGAGUUAUUUAAAAAAAUACAACAAUCCUGCUGUAUUUAUAUGAGCAAGUUCAUUAAAAUAAGGAUGUGAAUAUCUGAAAGGGAAAACAGAAAAACAAAAAUAUCAAACCUGUACUGUCAUUCCUGGUAAUAUUUUCAAAUGUUCUAGUGUACAUCCACCCUCUCUUCAGAUUCUAAAAGACAAAUAUUUU